AUGGCGGUGGACGAGGACGCGGAGGCCGCGUGGGAGGACGAUCAUCGUCGUCGUUCCUCGUCCGGAGACCGCGGACUUCCGUCUCGACUCGCGCACCUGCGAGGCCCCUCCUCGACGACGCCCGCCGCCUCUCGCGCGCCGCCGCCGGCGCGGCCGACGGUGCAGCCGACCGUGCGAACGGCCUCCGGGAAGACGCUGAUGGGCCCGUGGGUCGGACGCUUCGCGCGCGCGGACGCGGAUCUCGCGGACGCGGGGGGCGCGUCGUCACAGCUGUGCGACUCGGACGAGGAAGAUUUCUUCAUCGCGCGCUCCUCGUCGCCGAUAGACGUGAUGGACGCGGACCCGCCCACGCCCGAGAGCUGCGCGCGUUAUACGCCGCGCGGCGCGAAGCGCCAUUCGGCGGCGGCGUUCUCCUUCGACGCCGUCGACGUCGACGCGCUGACCGACGUCGCGUUCGCGGGCCCGGACGAGACGCCGACGGAUCACGCCGCGGUGACGCGCGAGCUGAUGCUCGAAGACGCCAUCACCGGCCGCGCGGCGGGAGGCGCGGGCGCGGACGCGAGGGCCCGCAUCCUCCCGUGGUCCUCCCCGCCCGGGACCGGGGUUAAGCGCGAUCACGCCGAGCCCGCGCCCGCGUUCGAUACGCGUCGGUUCGCGCGCGGGAGCGGCGGGCGGGGACGACGAGAGGCGCGGAGCGCGCCCGCGGCGACGCGACGCGUCGGGGGCGCGCGCGUCUCGGCGCGGACCAAGGCGAGGGCGCCGCACGCGGUGGCGAGGGCGACGAAAGAGAAGCUCGCGUCCACGCGUUUGGAAGCGACGGGCGGGGAGGCGUCCAGGGGGUUGUUCGGCGGAGGGAAGAACACCGCGUUCGGGUCGAGGAAUAACGGCGCGAGGAACACGAUGGGGACGAGGUGUCUCCAGCCCCGAGGCGGCGGCGGGCUCAUGUAA